GGAUUUCCAAAUUUACAGGAUGACUACAUAUUAAUGGAAACAGAAGCAUAAACUAUCUUCUUUCACUAUGGAGGCAGGUUUGGCAGAUGGUGGAGAACCUGACCGAACUUUGCUUCUGGGUGAUAGCAAAGAUGUCCUUGGGCCAUCAACUGUGGUAGCAAACAGUGACGAAUCUCAACUUCUGACACCAGGAAAGAUGACUCAGCGCCAAGGGAAAGAAGCCUAUCAAAUGUCAACCAAAGAGCUGCAUCAGCCAUCUCUUAGUCCAGCAAGUCCUCAUAGCCAGGGUUUUGAAAGAGGGAAGGAAGAUGUUUCUCAAAAUAAAGAUGAAUCCUCACUUUCUAUGUCCAAGAGUAAGUCUGAAUCUAAACUUUAUAAUGGCUCAGAGAAAGACAGUUCAGCUUCAAGCAAGCUCACAAAAAAAGAAUCUCUUAAGGUGCAAAAGAAAAAUUACAGAGAAGAAAAGAAAAGAGCCACAAAGGAGUUACUCAGUACAAUCACAGACCCUUCUGUUAUUGUUAUGGCUGAUUGGUUGAAGAUUCGUGGUACUCUGAAGAGCUGGACCAAAUUGUGGUGUGUUUUGAAACCUGGAGUGCUACUGAUCUAUAAAACUCAAAAAAAUGGUCAGUGGGUAGGAACAGUCCUCCUGAAUGCCUGUGAAAUCAUUGAGCGUCCAUCAAAAAAGGAUGGCUUUUGUUUCAAACUUUUUCAUCCUUUGGAGCAAUCUAUUUGGGCAGUGAAGGGUCCAAAAGGUGAAGCAGUUGGAUCCAUAACUCAGCCCUUACCAAGCAGUUACUUGAUCAUCCGAGCUACUUCAGAGUCAGAUGGCAGGUGCUGGAUGGAUGCUUUGGAGUUGGCUUUGAAAUGUUCUAGUCUUCUUAAGCGUACAAUGAUCAGAGAAGGAAAAGAACAUGACCUGAGCAUUUCAUCAGAGAGCACCCAUGUGACUUUGUAUGGCUUAUUACGUGCUAACAAUCUCCACAGUGGUGACAACUUCCAAUUAAAUGAUAGUGAAAUUGAACGACAGCAUUUUAAGGACCAAGAUAUGUAUUCUGAUAAAUCUGAUAAAGAAAAUGAUCAGGAGCAUGAUGAGUCUGACAAUGAGGUGAUGGGAAAAAGUGAAGAAAGUGACACAGAUACAUCAGAAAGGCAGGACGACUCCUAUAUUGAACCUGAGCCUGUUGAGCCUUUAAAAGAGACUACGUACUCCGAACAGAGCCAUGAAGAACUGGGAGAGGCAGGUGAGGCUUCUCAAACAGAAACCGUGUCUGAAGAAAACAAAAGUCUUAUCUGGACUUUGUUGAAACAAGUCCGCCCUGGCAUGGAUCUGUCGAGGGUGGUUCUGCCAACAUUUAUUUUGGAGCCUCGUUCUUUCCUGGAUAAACUUUCAGAUUACUACUAUCAUGCAGAUUUUCUCUCUGAAGCUGCUCUUGAAGAAAAUCCUUAUUUCCGUUUGAAGAAAGUAGUGAAAUGGUAUUUGUCAGGAUUUUAUAAAAAGCCAAAGGGACUGAAGAAACCAUAUAAUCCUAUACUUGGUGAGACUUUUCGUUGUUUAUGGAUUCAUCCCAGAACAAACAGCAAAACUUUUUAUAUUGCCGAACAGGUGUCCCAUCAUCCACCAAUAUCUGCCUUUUAUGUUAGUAACCGAAAGGAUGGAUUUUGCCUUAGUGGUAGUAUCCUGGCGAAGUCCAAGUUCUAUGGAAACUCAUUAUCUGCAAUAUUAGAAGGAGAAGCACGAUUGACUUUCUUGAAUAGAGGUGAAGAUUAUGUAAUGACAAUGCCAUAUGCUCAUUGUAAAGGAAUUCUUUAUGGCACAAUGACACUGGAGCUUGGGGGAACAGUCAAUAUUACAUGUCAAAAAACUGGAUACAGUGCAAUACUUGAAUUCAAACUAAAGCCAUUUCUAGGUAGUAGUGAUUGUGUUAAUCAAAUAUCAGGGAAACUUAAAUUGGGGAAAGAAGUCCUCGCUACUCUGGAAGGUCAUUGGGAUAGUGAAGUUUUUAUUAAUGACAAAAAGACUGAUAAUUCAGAGGUUUUCUGGAAUCCAACACCUGACAUUAAGCAACGGAGAUUAAUAAGGCACACUGUAAAAUUUGAAGAGCAGGAAGAUUUUGAAUCAGAGAAACUCUGGCAGCGAGUAACUAGAGCCAUAAAUGCCAAAGACCAAACUGAAGCUACUCAAGAGAAGUAUGUUUUAGAAGAAGCUCAAAGACAAGCAGCUAGAGAUAGGAAAACAAAAAAUGAAGAGUGGAGUUGCAAGUUAUUCGAACUUGAUCUACUCACAGGAGAAUGGCAUUACAGGUUUGCAGAUACCCGACCAUGGGACCCCCUUAAUGAUAUGAUACAGUUUGAAAAAGAUGGUGUUAUCCAGACCAAAGUGAAACAUCGCACUCCAAUGGUUAGUGUCCCAAAAAUGAAACAUAAACCAACUAGGCAACAGAAGAAAGUGGUGAAAGGCUAUUCCUCCCCAGAACCUGAUAUCCAGGAUUCAUCUGGAAGUGAAACUCAAUCAUUGAAACCAAAUACAAGAAGAAAGAAAGGGAUAGAACUGGGAGACAUUCAAAGUUCCAUCGAAUCUGUAAAACAAACACAGGAAGAAAUUAAAAGAAAUAUUAUGACUCUUCGAAAUCAUUUAGUUUCAAGCACACCUACCACGGAUUAUUUUCUGCAACAAAAAGACUACUUCAUCAUUUUCCUCCUGAUUUUGCUUCAAGUCAUAAUAAACUUCAUGUUUAAGUAGAAGUUCUUUACAAUUGAAUCAAUGAACUGGAAUGAUCAGAUUUGACCUGGGACCAAUAUUCAAGUUGGUUUGGUCUUUACUAAAACAUCACAAUAUUUCUAAAACAAAAAAACUUAGAGAUAAAUUCAGAGGUGUUGACCUUUCAUACCUUUUAUCCUUAACCUGAAACAAGAGCUAUCCUAUUUGUUUAUUACAGUGAGCUUGUGUUAAGUGCCAGAACAUUACUAGCUUUUCUGAGUGUGUCUACAUGUGAAUAUAAUAAAUCUCACAUGUAUAUACAGUUGUCUCUUAUGUACUCUUACCUGACAGUAGUCUUUGUAUCCUACAGUACGUUCUGAGAUAGAUCAUUAACAUUGUUCAUAACAAAGAUGUUAUCAAUCUUAAAAAUGUAUGUAUAGAAUAUUUUCCUUAUAAAACAGGCACAAAACUUUUAUCAGUAAAGAAUUACAGAAUGACAAAUGAUGGAAUAAUAGACAUAAAUAACUCAGUACACUGUACUUUAAAAAAAUAAUUUUCAAAACAGCCAGCUAAAUUGUCUAGAAACAGAAAAAAGUACAAAUGGUCUAAAUUGAUAUAUUGAGAAAGAUGACAAAAUGUUCUGAAAAAGUUUACACAAGAUUUUUUUUGAAUCCUUAGAAUUUAAUUUAGUAUUUAUAGAUACAGAUGUGUAUGUUCUAUUGUGAAAACUGUUAUGCAUACUUGGAUCAAUUGAUUUUAUCUUUCUUAUCAUACUUACAUGAUACCACCUUAAGCACUACUAAAAAAAGAACAGUGAAUGGUCAAAGUAGAUUGGUGUUCUUUUUUCUUAUUUUUUAUUUUAUAUUUUUUUUACAUCAUCUGGUUCAUAACGUAGGCCAAAUUCUAAAAUAGGUCAUAUGAAAUGCUGAUAAUUCAUGCUUUCUUAUUAUGAACAGCUUAUUUUAGCUUUCAUUUAGAUCUUAGUAUGUAAGUAGGAAUAGAAAAAAAUUAUAACCAAUUUUUACUCCAAAAGCCAAAAAAAGAAAGACAAUAAAAAAGAUACUUAUUCUGUAUGGUAGCAUCUAUAUAUACAUAAAUCGUUGGUUUCUUUAAAAUGUGCAAUAAGUUGAGCAUCUAAGAAGAACGUCAGUUCUAAAGUUUAAUUCUUUCUUAUCCCCCUCUGUUCUUAGUAACUUCAUUCUGCAGUAAAACCACAAUUCUUCCUGACUCCUUUGUUGAGGCUCAGGCAAACAUUUUUCUAAAUAUUUUUUGUUUCCAGUUUAAUAUUUUGAUUUUAUGUUUUUUUACAUACAUUUUUAUAGUCCUCAAAAGAAAGUUUUGUAAAUGUAGUUAGCUUUAGGAACAUAAGCUAUAGCUUAUAGUACUGAAUUAUAGAUUUGAAAUGGUUAUUAACGAAAAUGAAUGUUAAAAAUAAUUGCUCUGGCCACAUUUGUCUU